AGCUGUUAAUGAGGCGGGACCUUUUCAGCUGCGACUGUCAAGAUUGGCAAAGAGCUGGCGCUGCUGCUGCGUGCAGGUAAAAAGGGAACAAGCGACACAAAACAGAAAACAUUUAUACUGGCAAGAAAGCGAGGUGGGAAAUGGAAACAGACUACCAGGUGAAACGCUAUUUUGCUUCAGAACCACAAGAGCGACGCGUUUAAGCCAGGAGAAAGCGCAACACCUUCUGCUUCUUGGAAGAAAGUGGCGUUGUGUCAACCAUCGUUCGGGCUCACGGGCACGCUUUGUACAGCAAGCAACUUGGACAGCUGCGUGUUUUCCAGCGAGCCAUCAACAAAGAAUGAAAGCAUUCAAACGAGCUCUGGAAGACGAGCAUCGCCCGGAGCAGGAGCACUCCUCGGCCGUGUCGGACAGCGAUGACGGCUCCCCCCUCGACCUGUCAGGGAGAGGGCUCUUUGGGAAGCGCCGUCGCCGCGGCAACCUACCUAAGGAGGCAGUGCAAACUCUGCGGAGCUGGCUGUACGAGCACCGCUUCAACGCUUACCCAUCAGAGCAGGAGAAACUGAGUCUGUCAGGCCAAACCAACCUUUCUGUGCUGCAGAUCUGUAACUGGUUCAUCAACGCACGUCGACGCCUCCUCCCAGACCUGCUUCGCAAAGAUGGCAAAGAUCCCACCAAGUUCACAAUCUCCCGUAAAGUUGGUGGCAAAAACGAAAGCCCCUCAUCUAACGCAGGAGGAGCCAGCUCUCCUGAGAGAAAUUCUUCCCCAAGCUCAUUUCAACAACGCCCGUCAGUCAUUCGCUCGGCUCCCACCCUGGACCUCAGCCUUCUUGGGAACACGGCGACCGCUAUCCUGACAGGAGCAGGCUAUCCUGGAAAAGAAGGUUCUGUUGCGGCGCUAUUGAGGCUGGACACCCAGAGUCUGCUGAGGGAAGCAGAAGAACACAGGGCUUCUCAUAUCAGCAUGACAACGGCAGCUAGCCCCACCAGCGGCCUCUUCAACACGCCUCCCCCGACGCCGCCUGAGCUGUUUCCCACACAGGACUUCAGCGAUUUGAGGCUCCUGGUGGAUGCAGCUCUGCAGAGGGCAGCCGAACAGGAGAACCAGAACCGACCUGUAAAGACUGAACCAGUGGAAAAUUACAGCAGUGACAUGGGACCCACUCCGCCUCCAGAAGACACCCAGCAAGUCAUGGACCCUUCCAGGGUGCAGAGUCUGAUGGAGAAGGCGAUGGCUGCUCCAGCAUCACCUGUGACUUCAAUAAAGGAUCUGGUGCCCCUGUCGCUAGCAGCAUCUGUACCAGUCCCAGCUCCAGUUUUAGUCUCAACACCGAGGCAAUCUCCUCUCCCAAUGAACAAAAUCAUCUGGAGCCCCUUGGAGAAGGACACUGCCCGAUCCUCAAGUCCUAACCAGCCUAUUCUAAUUCCAGUGCCAGUGUCUGCCUCAGUUUUAAUACAGCCCAACUCUCAGAAACCAGCUGCUGCUCCAGUUAUCCCCCAAACAACACCAUCAACCCCAACCUCAAGCCCAGUUGUACUGGCCUCCACAUGUCCUUCAGAUGAAUCAGUGCCAGCUACGAGUCCACUCUCAGUGCCAUCACCCUCCUUCACUGCUCCAAACCAGGCCUCACCCCAAAAUGUAGCGCUUGUUCAAACGGUCCCCACUGGAGUCCCACUUUACCUGCCGUUCCACAAAUCCUCCUUGAUCCCCGUCACUGUCCCUUAUACACCAUCCGUUUCAACCCCGGCAUCAUCACCAGUCCUGGGCCCUGCCUCGGUUCUCGCCACCACACAAGCUCCAGCUCCUUUCCCAGCUCUCACAUCCACCUCAACACCAACAGCUGCUCCUCCUUUGGGCCUGGCUUCCCACAACACUCCACCUCCUCUGACCUCUUCCACCAGCAUCACCGGCACCAGCAGUAGCAGUUUGAGUAGUAGCGCACAGAGGAGUUCAGCAAUAGUGCCCAGUGUUUGGAGCAUGGUCCACUCUGAGACCAGACAACCCAGCUCUCUUCAGGUGACCCCCAUCAACACCGUGUGGGGCCCGCAGCACAGCCUUCACACAGUCACUGAAACGGUGAACUAGGAGCUGGACAGCACCUCCAUAUAUUUUUUUUAUGAAUACAUGUACAUGAGUGGAAACGGGAGACCUGAAAUUCUUUUUGGUUGGACAACAAUGUAAAUAGGAGAAUGUAUCUUCAUCUUUUGUCUUUUACAUCUGUGCCUGCAGAAGACAGGGAAUGAAAUUGAGACACAUGAACUCUGAAAAAGUGACAAAACGAGCGUUAGACUUUUUGUUUUAUCAUUUAAAAAACGUUGUUCGAUUAUGGAGGCACCUGCUAGUAAUGACACUUUGAUGAACAUUCCUCAGUUUAGAGUCGAUGUAUUGUACAAAGUUUUUUAUGAAGUGUUCACAUUUCUCUCCACGUGGCAUUUAGGAUGCGAGGAGAAAAAAUCCAGUAAUUGUAAAAAAAAAAAAAAAAGAAAAUCCAGUCGGUGUAAUUUCCAGCACCAGCAGUUAGCAGCUUCAGUAGCAGUGCCGGACUUUGUUGAAUGUACAAAAGACAUUAAUGUCAUUGGCUAGGCUGCCUUUCAUUCAUUCAUUCCUCUCCAGGAGAGACAUCCAUUUUUUCCUCUUCUUUCCCCUCAUUCAGUGUUGGUAAACAGAGGGAGAUCUGAUUGUAUUGAAGCCUGACUGAAUGUCUCUCCUUGACGCUUAUGCCCCACACACACUCUCGAAUCAUCCUGUCUUGUUGUAGCCGAGUGGGUUCAUUGGCCCCCAUGAGUUGUCAUCUAAGCCACUCAACAAAUGCUCCUAUACCAAGUGUUUGAUGUUCUUACUUACAAGGCCAGUCCUACUUUCUGUUUUUAUGUUUUGUUUUUUUUAAUGAAAACAUUAACAAUUAGGUCUUUUACUUUAUGCGACCCUCAUCAGUUGUGUCCAUUUGUCAGAAACUUGUUUAGGAGAAGGAUUGUGGAGAUGGGUGGAAGCAGAGCAGGUCACAUUGGAUAUGUUACAGAAAUCAAUUUCAGUGGAGAGCUCUGAAACGUUACACUCCCUAAGAGUCAAGGCGCCUUUUCCCUUUAGUGCUGCAAAACACUUUAAAUGUUGGAUCCUCAUAUAUAUGGGAAACACACGAGUUGUCCUCAUUUCCCCAUUGAAAGGAUUUUGCCAGUGAAUUUCAAACCUGAAUGUCUUACUUGCCGAGUGAUACAUUUAUCCAUUCAGUGUCUAGGUGAAGCAAAUUUACCACAUGAACUGAUGUAGCUGAAGUUUGCUGGUUUUUGUUGGUUCAUUUUUUUUCCCAAGGAAGGUCAGAGAGCAUUAAACUAAGUUCUUCCUCAUUUGUGCUUUCCACCUGUGUUUGUAAAUGGUUACUUUAGAACUCAGAAUCAUUCUCAAAGCUGUAGUUUCCAUGAAACUGUCUUAGCAUACUGUCUUGGCCAAAUGCCAUCUGGAUGUCUAUUAAAAGUAGCAUCAUGUGGAAAAUUUCCCAUGAGAAUAAUCCCACAGCAGGAUAGUGAGGGGAGUCUUCAAUACUAUCACGUUUACCUGUGUUCAUGAGCUGUGCCAGUCUGAUUGGUCAAAUCAUGGCUGAGCUCUGACCUCAUCAUUCACAGAAUAACAAAAACAUUAACUCUUUUUUUUGUCUUUCCAUUUUUUUCUGUUGUCAUCGUUGCUCCUCACUGCCAGUGUUGAUCACAGAUGUCUGUGGACUUUAGUCUUUUUCCAUUUUUUUCAGGUACACUAAACUAGACUGAUGUGCAUUUAUACCUCAAAUUCCACGGUCAUGUCAGGCUUGGGUCACAUGUAUAAUACUGAGUAUUAAAGUAAUAUUUUUAUUGUUGAACUGUAUCAUGCCACUGUGACAAUACCUUCAACGGUUAUUUACUGGAAAUGGCUGGCUUAAGAUUAGGCUUUUUUUUAUAGCAAGGUUUCUAAGUGAUUUUAGACGCAGUGUUUCGCUCCAAUCAGAUCAGACAAUGUGAUGAUGUAUGUAAAUAUUUUCAGUCGUAUUUUUUGUUUGUUUGUAUUGGCAUGAACUUUAUCUCAAACUGUGUAGUUUCUUUACAGCCAAAUGCAUUCAAAAUGUUUUUUCUAGUUCAUGUUGUGAAUCAUGACCGUUAGCAGUAUGACUGGCUGCUGUGCCUUAAACCUACGACUGAGGGAUAAUGUCUCUUUUUUUAUAUAAAAACUUCUCAAUAGUCUGUGCAAUAUAUGCCUUAAAAUUUAAAUGUGUGUUUUGUAUAAACAUUUCAAAGAAAUAAAAGUUCAGUUUUUCAUAAA